AUGUCUGACUCCAAACCAGCUUUAACACCAAUAAUAAAAGAAAACAGUGAAGAUACAUCUCUAGAUGAAAGCAAAUUUCCUUAUCGCCAGGCAGUUGGAGCACAGUCAUAUUUAAUGGUAGGGACAAGACCAGAUAUCAGUUACGCAGUGAGUGUUGCCUCCAGAAAUUUAGAAAAACCAACGAAACGGGAUGUUAUUGGGGUAAAAAGAAUACUUCGCUAUCUGAAAGGAUCAGUAGAUAAGGGGCUAACAUUUAAGACUGAUAUCACAGGAAAUUUAAAUUGUUACAGUGAUGCAGAUUUCUCUGAUGAUCAAGAAACUUGUCACUCUACCACAGGAAUAAUAUGCCUUUACUCAGGCUAUAAGUUGGAAAAGUCAACAACAAGGAAUAGUAGCCUUGUCUUCGACAGAGGCUGA